UGGGAGUUCAUUGACAUAAAAAUCUCAUUUGUGCUUCCUCCUAACCGGCUACCGUAGUGCGGACACCAGACCCACGUGGUUAAUCAAAACAUCAUGGCGGCUGGUUUCAAGACUGCUGAGCCUCUGGAGUACCACAGGAGCUUUCUGAAAGAAAACUGUCGACCCGAUGGGCGGGAGCUGUCAGAGUUCAGAACCACAACACUGAACAUAGGGUCCAUAUCAACAGCAGAUGGCUCAGCCCUAGUGAAGGUUGGAAACACCACAGUCAUCUGUGGGAUCAAAGCGGAGUUGGCAAACCCGACAGUGGAAGCACCUGGUAAAGGUUACAUUGUCCCUAAUGUGGACCUGCCGCCUCUGUGUUCAUCUCGGUUUCGACCGGGCCCACCAGGAGAACAGGCCCAGGCUGCCAGCCAGUUCAUCGCUGAUGUAAUCGAAAGCUCUGAAGUGAUACAAACAGAGGACCUGUGCAUUGAAAGAGGAAAGCUCUGCUGGGUGCUCUACUGUGACAUGAUGUGUCUCGACUAUGAUGGGAACGUGUUGGAUGCCUGUGUUGUUGCCCUGCUGGCUGCCCUGAAGAACACACAACUCCCAGAGGUCACUGUCAACACAGAGACAUGUACACCAGGGGUGACUUUAGAAAAGAGGCACGGGCUGCGCAUUAACAAACAUCCGGUCGCUACCUCUUUUUGUAUCUUCGAUGACUCCAUACUGAUUGUAGACCCCACAGCCGAGGAGGAGAGCCUGGCAACAGCUCAGCUCACUGUGGUGACAGAUGAGGAAGAUCGGCUCUACUCUCUACACAAACCAGGUGGGACGUCACUCUCAGGACAGAAGCUGCAGGAGUGCAUCAGCCGAGCAACAGCGCGACAGAGAGAGAUCCAGAAACUCAUUAACAAAGUCAUACACAGCGUGAAGACAGCGCAAUGAAGAGCCUCAGACAAUGCUUUUUUUUUUAUCUAAAAGCUGUAUUUUCCACUGUCAAUAUAUAUUCUUUUUUUAAUAACAAUAAAACUGCUGACAAAGA